AAUGGAUAACUCAAGUGGACAAGCAGGCAUUGAGGUUUGUCCACCGAAUGGAGAUUCCAGGGCUCAUGGCAGGUUCUCCUUCUCUACUUGGCGUUCCUCAUCUCUGUCCUCUGCACAAGGAGCUGGACCUGGAGGUGGAGGGGAUCUGAGUCGGAGACUACUGAGUCUUGUUCGUAAUUACCACGAGAGAGCUGCUUCUACAGCCGACGUUAACUCCAAACCCACUGAAGUGACUGUCGUGGGUGACGAGAUGACCAUGACUGCCUUGACUGCAGGGACUCCGUUGCCUGAUAAUAUGGAGGAGUGUGAGUCCAGUGACCAGUCCACUUACCUCCAGAAGCAGCUGAGCUCCAUGUUACAACCCGGCGUCAACAAGCAUUCCUUGCGCAUGUUUGGCAGCACCCAAGGAGUCGCAGCCGAGCAGCAGAGAGUCCGUUCUUUUGGAGUCUGGAUUAUACAUCCAUACAGUGACUUUAGGUUCUACUGGGACUUAGUGAUGCUCUUUUUGAUGAUGAGCAAUCUGGUCAUCCUGCCAUGGUGCAUCACUUUCUUUGAGGAUCAAAACACAUUGCCAUGGAUUAUGUUCAACAUGGCCUCAGAUACGCUGUUUCUGACUGACCUAGUCCUCAACUUCCGCACAGGACUCCUAGAGGAUGAUAACUCUAAUAUCAUUCUAGACCCAAAAGUGAUUCGACGCAGAUACCUGCAGGGCUGGUUCCUUGUGGAUUUCAUCUCUUCCAUCCCGGUUGAUUAUAUUUUCCUUGCUGUCGACCUGGAGGCUCGGCUUGAGUCAGCGGAAGUGUAUCGCACUGCUAGAGCAUUGAGAAUUGUCCGUUUCACUAAGAUCCUCAGUCUGCUUAGGCUGCUCCGUCUAUCCAGACUUAUCCGCUACAUUCACCAGUGGGAAGAGAUCUUUCACAUGACAUAUGACCUGGCAAGUGCUGUGAUUCGAAUAGUCAACUUGAUUGGGAUGAUGCUUUUACUGUGUCACUGGGAUGGCUGUCUUCAGUUCAUGGUGCCCAUGCUUCAGGAUUUCCCCCAGGACUGCUGGGUUUCCAAAAACAACAUGGUGAAUGCCACUUGGGAGGAGCAGUACUCAUACGCUCUCUUCAUGGCCAUGAGCCAUAUGCUGUGUAUUGGAUAUGGUGCCCAAGCUCCUGAGAGAAUGACUGAUGUCUGGCUCACCAUGCUGAGUAUGAUUGUAGGUGCUACUUGUUAUGCCAUGUUCCUGGGACAUGCGACCACCCUGGUGCAGUCAUUGGAUGCCUCCCAUCGCCAGUACCAGGAAAAGUAUAAGCAAGUGGAGCAAUACAUGUCAUUCCAUAAGUUGCCUGCUGAAUUGCGACAAAGAAUUCAUGACUAUUACGAGCACCGUUUCCAGGGGAAGAUGUUUGACGAGGAUAGCAUUCUGGGAGAACUCAGUGACCCACUUAAAGAGGAUAUUGUGAGCUACAAUUGCCGUGAACUGGUAGCAAACAUGCCACUUUUUGGCAACGGUGAUCCACACUUUGUCACUGUGCUCCUGACUAAGCUGAGGUUCGAGGUCUUCUUGCCAGGUGAUAUCAUUAUACGCGAUGGUACACUGGGCCGCAAAAUGUACUUCAUCCAGCAUGGCUGUGUCACGGUCCUCCCCCAUAACAAGAAAGAAAAGAAGCUCAGUGAUGGCUCCUACUUUGGAGAGAUUUGUUUGCUGACCAGCGGGCGUCGUACCGCUACAGUGCAAGCCGAAACAUACUGCAGACUCUAUUCCCUCAGUGUGGACAGCUUUAACGAGGUGUUGGAAGAGCACCCCAUCAUGAGGACGGCCUUUGAGAGGGCCGCCAUAGACCACCUUGAACAAGUAGACAACAACACUGCAUAUAACGACUCGCCUUCAGGAGCAGAAAGAAAGGAACACACCACCAAGAAAAAAGACAGUGAUAUCUGA